UGAAAACACUGAAGUGGGCGGUGUGCGCGGAAUUGAGUUGAAAAGCCAUUUGUAAGUCAGUUCCGUGCAAAGAAGGGCAAAAAUCACCUUGUUUUGUGGCUUCAGGCUCCAUACACAGUCGUCAAUACAGCUUUUUGGACCUCCAGUAAGAACUUCAAUCUUUCGCUACAAUGGCAGCACUUGGAACCCGUGGGACAUUGACUGAGGCGGCUGGUUUUAAUGCCGAGGAAGACGUCCAGAGUCUGAGAUCGGCCAUGAAGGGAGCUGGAACGGAUGAGGCCGCUAUCACUGCAGUUCUCGCUCAUCGUACUAAUGCCCAGAGGCAGCGCAUUAAAGAGGCGUACAAACAAACUGUUGGCAAGGACCUAGCUGAGGAUCUGUCCUCAGAGCUGAGUGGGAACUUCAGGAGUGUCGUCCUGGGUCUGCUGAUGCUGCCCACUGUGUACGAUGCCUUUGAGCUGAAAAGUGCAAUUAAGGGUGCUGGAACAGAAGAGGCCUGUCUCAUCGAUAUUCUGGCUUCAAGGUCCAGUAAUGAAAUAAACGCCAUCAAUGCCUUCUACAAGAAAGAAUAUGGGGAGAGCCUGGAAGAUGCUGUGGAAGGGGACACAUCAGGAAUGUUCAAAAGGGUUUUGGUCUCUUUACUCACGGCUGGACGGGAUGAAGGUAACAACGUGGAUAAGGCCCAGGCGGCUCAAGAUGCCAAGGAAAUCUACGAGGCUGGAGAGGCCCGAUGGGGCACAGAUGAGGUUAAAUUUCUCACCGUUUUGUGUGUGAGAAACCAGAACCAUCUGAUGCAAGUAUUUGAGGAGUAUCAAAAGAUUUCUGGCAAAAGCAUUGAAGACAGCAUCAAGAGAGAGAUGUCUGGCUGCCUGGAGGAUGUCUUCUUGGCCAUAGUGAAAUGCAUGAGGAGCAAGCCGAUGUUUUUUGCAGAACGAUUGUACAAAUCAAUGAAGGGGCUGGGCACCACAGAUAGCAUCCUCAUUAGAAUAAUGGUCGCCAGGGCUGAGAUUGACAUGCUGGACAUAAAGGCAGAGUUCCAGAAGAUGUAUGGAAAGACUCUGCACUCCUUCAUCAAGGGAGACACGUCUGGUGACUACCGCAAAAUCCUGCUGGAGCUGUGUGGAGGCGAGUAGAUGUCACAUCAGGACAUGUUUCUGCAAACAGCAUCAUGGAUUUUUUUUUUCAAAGCAUCAUGGAUUUUUUUUUCAAUCUUUUCUACUUCUGUGCCUUUUUCUAAUUUUAACAAUUAACACAAUGUCUUGUUAUUACAGUUUGUAAUGCCAAUCAAGCCAAUUAAACCAAAGACCGCUGACCUUUUUAACAUUUCAAAUUGGGGAUUAAUAAAGUAUUAUUACAUUGAAUU